GGCGUUCCUUGAGCAGGGCCGGGGUGAGGAGCCGCGGCUCGGGGGAGGAGGCGGAGGAGGAGCCGUGUGCCGGGGGCACGGAGCGGCCUCGGCCAUGGCGUACGCCUAUCUCUUCAAGUACAUCAUCAUCGGCGACACAGGUGUUGGAAAAUCAUGUUUAUUGCUACAGUUUACAGACAAGAGGUUUCAGCCAGUACAUGACCUUACUAUUGGUGUAGAAUUUGGUGCUCGAAUGAUAACUAUUGAUGGAAAACAGAUAAAGCUUCAGAUAUGGGAUACAGCAGGGCAGGAGUCCUUCCGUUCCAUCACAAGGUCAUAUUACAGAGGUGCAGCAGGGGCUUUACUAGUGUAUGAUAUUACAAGGAGAGAUACGUUCAACCAUUUGACAACUUGGUUAGAAGAUGCUCGCCAGCAUUCCAAUUCUAACAUGGUCAUUAUGCUUAUUGGGAAUAAAAGUGAUUUAGAAUCUAGAAGAGAAGUUAAAAAAGAAGAAGGUGAAGCUUUUGCCAGAGAACAUGGACUUAUCUUUAUGGAAACUUCUGCUAAGACUGCUUCCAAUGUAGAAGAGGCGUUUAUUAAUACAGCAAAAGAAAUUUACGAAAAAAUCCAAGAAGGAGUUUUUGACAUUAAUAAUGAGGCAAAUGGCAUUAAAAUCGGCCCCCAGCAUGCCGCUACUAAUGCAACACACGCUGGCAGUCAGGGAGGACAACAAGCUGGUGGAGGCUGCUGUUGAGCCUACUUUUACUUUCUAGCUGCCUGAAUGGGGCCUACUAACUUGUUCUUUCACCCUAUCUCCCACUGCUCAGCUGAGACAUGAAACUAUUGUGAAAUGGCUUUUAUGUCAAAGAAGACUUUCCUUCAAAUUCUUGUAUAACUUUGAAUAAAUGGUUAAUGUUCUUUUAAAAGACAGAUUUUGGAGAUUGUAUUCAUAUAUAUUUGCAUUUGAUUUCUAGUUCACUUGAUGUGAUUAUUUUUGUUAAAUGUUGUCUUGUGCCCUUGACCACAAACUGAAUUGUAUUAAACACUACAAAAGUCAUUGGAGUAUUUUAAAUCAGUUUGUGUAGUUAGGUUUCCCAAGCACCUCUGGUUACCUAAUGUCUGAUAUUAUAGAACUGUCCUCAAAAAGUUGUCAAUUUUCAAGGCUAUAAAGAAAAACAGAACGUCUCUUUUAAUUCUGUAUUUAUCAUUUACUUUCUGUAUAUAUAGUUUAAUAACCUGCUUGGGUAUAUUUGCCAAGCUAGAAUUCUUUAAUGCAUUUGCAUAAAUUCUAUACUGUUUAGAGCUUGAAGACAAUGACUACAGAAACAUUGUUAGGAGUUGCUUGGACACUGAAUUUUAAACCUUUUUGACAUUGUUAGCAUGUUCAUCUUUUUCUUGUUACUAUCCAAGUCCAAGAAGAAUGCUUGAUGUAUAUUGCUAGAAGCUAUAUAUGUGUUAACCUAUUUUAAUGCCAAAUGUUUGCUGUUUGAACACAAUUUCCAUAACACCUCUUCAGAAAUGCAUUAGUUGUUUGCCUUAAUGAAUACUGUAGAUAAAAUCACAGUAUGCGUACAUAAAUACAAGAGGAAUUAAUAUGUGUCAAAAUAGCACCACAAAGAAUUAAUAUCCAGAUUCAAUGACACAUUAUGAGGACUUUAAUCUUUUUCUUAAAUAUAAUAAUGUUUUGUGUGUUUUUCAUUUAUUGACAUGAUUUCUAAGUAUAUUUUUCAUGCAGGACAGUUUUCCAGCUUAGAUGUACAGUGAAUGUGUAAAGUUUUUCGUUUAGUGGCAGCCUAUAAUCUUUGGUAUAUGGUAAGCAUCUUGUCUGUUUUCAAAGGGGAUAUGAAAAAUAAAUCUACCAGAUGAAAAAUCCUGAUUAAAAAAGAAAAAAACACAAAAGUGGAAAAGCUUUGGUGGUAAUUUGCUAAAUGUGGUUUUAUCUUUUUUUCUUUUCUUUUCCCUGACCUACAAUGAAAUUGUUUUAGCAGUGCAAAAUAAAAUCCUGUGUAUAAAAGUAUCCCUUUUUUAUUAUACCACAUCUUUUUCAAAUUACACAUGAUUUUGAAAAUCUAUUACCAUUUUCCACAAGUGUUUUGGCAUGCAAAAAUAUCCACUUACUUAUCAACCCAAAAUGGAAUUUAUGUUCUGUGCUAACAAGUUGGCUCUAAAACAAUUAAUAUCCCCCUUCCUUCCCCAUUUUAGCAUUUUAAGAAUGGAUGCUGAGGAACAACUUUUAUAUUUAUAAUGUCAACAGUUUAGCUUUUAAAAAAUUAGAUCUUGUGAGGGUUUGGUUUUUUUUAAUUGCAAGUAUAGGCUUUUCAGUUCCAAAGUGGCACAAAGUAGUUUUACCUGAAAGAGGGUAGAAAUUACUUUGAUUGCAUUCACAGACACUUACACAUACUGAUCUAGCCUGAAGAUUUUAUAUUUGGCAGUAAUUCUUGUGGGAAAUGGCCUGAAGUUAUCUGUCAUAAUUUCAUUUUAGCCAGCUCUUGAAAAUAGAGAACAAAGCAUAAUGAUUUCAUGUUAAUUGUCAUAUGUUUCACUGUGUGUCACCAGGUUAAUGUGAACUUUUACUUAAAGUAGAUGUCUAGAUUGUCUGUUGAUGCUACAUCACUACACCUAAUAGUGGUCUGAGAAAGAAGCUGUGUGGUUAUGGGCAAAUCUCUUUGGGUCUGGUUCCUCAUCUGCAUAAUCGAGAUGCCAGAUCACAAAUUUCUAAAAUCUCUUACAACUUUAGAAUUAUAUGAUUCUAAUCAGUACCCUGGUGAAAUAGCUAUAAAUAUUCCACUAAGACUUAGAACAAGACCUGCUCACUUUCUGUUGUAAGCAAUAAAGACUCUAUGGAAGCGUUAGCUUCAGGGCUGUUAGAUGCAUCAAGUUCAAUAUGCUUCUUCUUGCCCCAUUAUAAAUUAAGGAGAGGAAAGAAAGGUAAAGGGCCACUUUAUGUCAUCUCGUAAUUCCAUCCCAAGUGUAUCUCCUGCCUCUGUCAGCCUAGGUCUUCCCCUAUCAUUCUGUGGCAAAACUGGUGUGCCUAAAAAUACAUCCCUAAUAAUAAGAACUCAUAUUUAUUUUGCAAUUUAAUAUUUACAAAGUGUUUUCCAUACAAUAGUCCUAUGAAGUGGGUACUGCAAGUAUUUUUCCCAUUUUACAGAUGAGAUGACAGGCUCAGAAACAUUGUCACUUGCCCAUGAAAAUAUAGCUAGUAACUGUCAAAACAAGGAUUUCAUCCCAGGUCUCCUUGACUCCAAAUCAGGUGUCUUAUGCAUAUAGUCUUUCCACUAUAUCACUGCUGGUAUUUAGCUCUUUAUAGUUUGUUGCUAGUACAAAAAGCCUUGUUUUAUGCAUAGUCUCAAGCAAAUAGUGCACAUUAUUAGCAUCCUUUAGCUAAGUGAAUAGAUGCAAUUAAAUACUGUUUCGAUUUAUGAAAUAUGAAAUCUUAACUCUCUUAAGCUUCUAGAAUCUUUGGUCCUUUUAUGCCACUAUCAUAUAAAGACUUUUUAAUAAUAAUGGCAGUUGUCACUUAGUCUUUCUACACUGUGGUGCAAUUAUUUAGGCUGUUCAUUAUAUGGUGGAAAGUUACAAGAGUUUUUUGAAAAAUUGAACAGGUGCCAGAGCAGUUUUAAUACAUUUAUACUAUCCAGACAUGUCACAGAUUUUCACUCUAAGGAAGUUCUUAUGAAUUUAUAAUCCUGAACUGCCAUAGUAUUUUAUCUAUUCUUAAAACUUUGUUCAGUAGAAGGCUAAUUUGCAUAAGGGCAGCUGCUUCUAGCCAUGCAUUUCAACUAGGGGGGGAAAAUGAAUUGGCCUUUUUACAGAUAGUUGCUUUUGAGAAUAAUUUUGAAAUUAACUGUUCAAUUGGAGAAUACAGUCUAUUUUAUUUGUCUGCUCUAAUGAAGGAAAAAAGAUGCAAAUUAUACCCAAAAAUAAAUAAUCCAAAAUCAGUCCCACUUUUAGCUCAGUUGUGAUUGGCAGCUUGGGAUCUGGGGGGGUGGGGGUGUCAGGGAAAUAAGUCUAUAGAUAAGCCAUUAACAUAGUUGACUACACUAGUAAAAACAAAUGUUUCAGCACUAGUGGGAGUGAGAGGAAACACUACUUCCACAUUUCUUAUGGAAAGGCUGGAUUCUCCAAAUCAACUGUUGUCAAUCUUCUACAACUGUGGGUUCUGUAAAGUAUAACAUUGUACCUGAUUAUGGAAGUUAUAUAAAAAAUUAGUUUAACCCCA